GGGAUGGAGCAUUCUGGGGAGGUAAGCGUUCCUCACACGGCAUAACAUCGCAGCGCACAAAUGAACUUAGUAUAUGGACAACGCUGCAUAACCAUGCAUCCAGACACUUCUGCACACUAAACUUUGUGCAGAGAAACUUCCGCUCCCAUUUUUUUGGAGCAACAAGUGGAUAAUGGAUAUAUCAGACGCGAAAGUGAGAGUGGAGAGUCGGGGUAACUGCACUUAAACACAAAGGGGAAUGCUGCAUCAGAAGGUUGUUCCAACUGCCGUUUGGGAAUGGAUACCGGUCAUUUUGUGGCGGUCAUCUGCUUUCUCCUUUUUUCCUGUGAUGGGCUCCUUUCACACUCACCCGCAAGCGGCUUCUGUCCGGAGCGCUGCGAUUGCCAGCACGCGCAGCACCUCCUCUGCACAAACCGAGGGCUUCGCGCGGUACCCAAGGUGCCCUCCUCGCGGGUCCCAGAGGAGGUACUUGUCUUCAGCCUCGGGGGAAACUUCAUUGGUAACAUCACUGCCUUCGACUUCACUCGGUAUGGAAAUCUUCUAAGGUUGAACUUACAGUAUAAUCAAAUACAGACCAUUCACCCUAAAGCGUUUGAAAAGCUAUCCAAAUUGGAGGAGCUGUAUUUGGGCAACAAUCUGAUAUCAACAAUACCUCCAGGAACGUUACAGUCACUGAAAAAACUGACAACUUUGUAUGGCAAUAACAAUAACAUGAAGAAGAUCACUCCAGAGCUGUUUGGUAACUUAGAGAGCGUUGUGAGGCUGAGGUUGGAUGGGAACGCCAUAGAACUGUUACAGGACUCUGUGUUCAAGAGCUUGACCAAUCUGCAUUAUCUCCAUCUAGAAUCCAACCAGCUGAGCCACAUUCACAGAAAUGCCUUUUCCAAGCUCAUCAAACUGCGCUUUCUCAACCUGGCGCAGAACAAACAGGCGGCCGUGCGUAAUGUGUUUACAUUUUCCCAGCUCAGGUCACUGUCUACCUUGCUGCUCUCUGAAAAUGAAAUACAAUACGUCGGAAACCACGUUUUUCAAAAUCUGAAAAAGCUUUCUAAACUAUCCCUCAGCAAUAACAACAUCUCCCGGUUGGAGAGCGAGGCUUUGAAGGGGCUGUCGAGCGUGAGAGAGUUUCUGAUGGAUGGGAACGAGCUGGAAGAUAUUCCCGCGGGACUCCUUGACCCGCUGGAGCAAAUCGAGGAGCUGGACUUUAGUCGCAACCACAUUUCCACCGUGAACCCGAUGGCUUUUAAAAAACUACAGCACCUGAGGGUUUUAAAACUCAAAGACAACCGGCUCACGAGCCUCUCCGGUCACAUCUUCGCCCUCAACAGCCGCCUUUACGAUUUGGAUCUCCAUGGCAACAACUGGACGUGUGACUGCCGCCUGAGCGAGCUGAAACAGUGGAUGACGUCGGCGCACUCUCAAGGGAAGCUGCUGACUGUUUUCGUGCAGUGUCAUCACCCAGCGACACUGAACGGGAAGUAUCUGGGUUAUGUCAACAGCUCCCAGUUACAGACCCAAGAGAAUUGGAGCCACUUGUGUGAGACCCAAAUUGGGCCUGAGGAGAGCAGAGGUGGGGGGGUCCUGGAGAAGGAGGUGGAGGAGAGGAUGAUGAGAGAGGGGGAGGUGAGGAAGGAUGUAGAAGAGCAGAGGGGAAUUGGGAGUAGAGAAGGAGUGGAGAUGAAGGCAAUAGAGGAAGAGAACAGGGGUAGAGAGGAAGAGGAGAGAACGGAGGGAGAACAGGAAGUAGGUAUCCAUCAGGAACAGGGAGGGCCAGAGGAGCGGGACAAAUCCCUGUCGUUGGACAGGAAAAGGAGGAAGAAAAUAUCCGUUAGCCCCAGGUCGCGACCUUCUGCUGGGAAGCGUGAGAAAGGGAGGCGGGGUUCCGUUCUGGGCCGUGGUAUUCCUCAAACACAAGCUCCUUUGCUCAUCAACCCCAUGGACCCAACCACAACCGUGCUUCAGACACUUGACAGCCAAAAUAGCCAUGGAAACCGUCUCAGUGGACCAAUCACAGAGCUCCUCACCACCUCAGAGGAGCGGUUUGACCUUCUCAGAGGCGGUCAGGAGUAUGGUCUACCAGUAAUGACAGACCCCUGUAUGUUCAACCGUCACUUUCUCACCAACGUGACCGUCGACCAGGUCGCCUCCAGCACAGCCACAGUCCACUGGACCACACGCCACCACCUCCGAUUCACACCGGGAUCCGGACCGGGACUAGUCGAGGUCCACUACCGCUUGCUGUUCGACCGGUUCGGGACAUCUGGCCGUUUCCCUCGCUAUGUGUAUGCCCGUGGCGGGGCGCGGUCGGUGAUGUUACGAGAACUCCGCCCAGAAGUCACCUACAUGGUGUGUGUGGAGGGGGUGGUGGGAGGGGCCGUGUGUCAGGUGGCACCCAGAGACCACUGCGCUGGAUUGGUCACUCUCCCAGAGGAGUCUCGUCGCCAAGGGACACUGACUUCCGAUCUCCACCUAGUCACCAUUGCAACGCUGGCCAUCAACGCCAUCCUCCUGCUGGUGAUUGGUGGAGCCUGGCUAGUGCAGACUUUGAGGCGGAAGCUGAAAAGGAGGAAGUCGGCGGUGCAUGUGCGUCACAUGUACUCCACGCGGCGACCGUUCCGCGGCUCUAUGGCAACGACGGCGGCUGUGUCGACCGACUUUACCAGUUUCCAGAGCAGCCGGCAACCACGGCUCGGAACCCUGGAGGAAGGGGGGGACCUCAUUGAGUUCUCCUGCGACCGUUUCCUUGACAACAGCCCCACCCGUAGAGACAACAGCAACAUGCAGAGGUUUUGUGAUUAGUAGAACCCUAGAGACAUACACUCUUAGAAAAAACAGUGGUACCUAGAACAAUAGAGGGUUGUCCUGUGGAGACUGGAACUCCUCUUCUAACCUGAGAACACCAAGACACCAUUACAAGGAAGGAACAUCCUCAGGAGGAUGUCUGAGGUGCUGCAGAUACAGAAACAGAACGGGACUGGAUUUCAACCUGCACUGUAGGGCUCUUCACCACAAUAGCAGGACCACAUCCAGGGUGUUAUGACCACACACACACACACACUCUUCCCAGCACACCAUCUUAUGCUGUAAACAAGUCCCUGCGCCAAGAUGCAAUUGGAUGCAUCUUGGCGCAGAGAAAUCCCUCUCAUAAUAAAGCCAUAAUAACAUUUGUCAUGUGACGUAGGCUACAGUUGUGCAGAACGUUUUUAGGAUUUCCACAAAUGGGGAUCAUCUGUUAGCAGGUCUCAAUCAUUUUUUUGCCUUUUACAAAAACGCCAUUUCAUGCAAUUCUACGUCAUUUACGUGAUAAAAUACAUUAGCUGAAUAUUUGUUAAUAACACACAAAUGACCUAAAUUAGUGGCUCCUCUAACACUGUCAAACUGAGAUGAAUCUGGUCUUGAAUUCAAACAAACAACAGCCCCGACCAAUGAAGCAACACACACAUUGUACAAUAUUAGGAGACAAUAUAAAUAUAUGUAUAUAUUAUAGGCUACAGUAGGCUACUAAAUGACAUGUCCAGUGCCACACUGACUCACCUGAUGAUGAAGAUGUAUCCAUAAGAUACUACUCAUGGUGAUGGCCGAUGCUCUCCUCUUGGCAACAGCUUAUCUCAAGAUGAGCUACUUUGAAAAACAUUGCUGCUGUUGCUGGGAGUUGUUCUAUUGGUUCUACAGAUAGACGAGUCUUCUCUUUUCAGUGGUAUGCAUUUGCUUUCCAAACUUGACAUUUUUCCUGCAAUUGUCUUUUGAAAUUUGCAAAAGUCAAACAGACAGCUACAACCAACCAUAGUAAUAUAAUCCAUAUAAAUGUACAUUCAAAUCAGGACUUGCAGCCACUGCUAGUGUACCCAUCAGUUGAAUAGUCAAAUUGCCAGGGUAAGAGGUUCCAAAAUGAUUUGUCUAUGGCCCAAAACGCAACAAGUUGUAUAUUUGCGCGCGCAUGCUGGCCAAAUCGCGGCCUUCCCGACUGUAGGCAACAAGUAACUGCCAAAAUAAAGGAAACACUUGAGUAAAUGAGGGCUACAAAUAAUAUGUCAUACUGUGGGUGCAUUUUCCUGGCAUGGUUUAGGUCCACUUAUAGACUCUAUGCCAAGGAGCAUUGAAGCUGUUCUGGCAGCUCAUGGUGGCCAAACACCCUUUUAAGACACUUGGCUAAAAUAAUAAUAAACAAAUAAUAGCAAAAAAAGUAAUAUUAUUAUAUACAUUUUAAAUGAUUGCCUCUUGGGCGCCCUAAUUGGCCAGUCACAUGUAUUUAUUAUGCAGUUACCAAUCAAGGCAGGGCCCCCCAGUUAUCCACAUGUGCCCCCUACCUAUUCUUCUCCCCCCAUCUGACGAUUAUCAGAGCAGCAUCAGGCUGUCUACUCUCAUUGAGAGCCGGCUCCUGAAUCGUCCUGUGUUUUAUUUUUUAAUUUUUUUUUAUUGAAUCUUUAUUUAACUGGUUGGCGGUCGCAGUAAAAAUGAUAUAUAUUUGACGUAUAUAGCAUAUACUGUAUAUAUAAUAUAUGCAGUAUAUCAUUAUUUUAUUUUGCAUUUCUUUUUGUGCUGCCUUUUGGGCCCCCCACGGCCCUGGGCCAAGGAGCUUCAACCCCGGUAAUCCCCUGCAUUAAUCUGGCCCUGGUAUGCAGCCCUGGUUAUGACCUCAGCAGAGCCACAGUUAGGGUGGUGUUAUGACCACAGCAAAACCACAGUUAGGGUGGUGUUAUGACCACAGCAAAACCACAGUUAGGGUGGUGUUAUGACCACAGCAAAACCACAGUUAGGGUGGUGUUAUGACCACAGCAAAACCACAGUUAGGGUGGAGUUAUGACCACAGCAAAACCACAGUUAGGGUGGUGUUAUGACCACAGCAGAGCCACAGUUAGGGUGGUGUUAUGACCACAGCAAAACCACAGUUAGGGUGGUGUUAUGACCACAGCAAAACCACAGUUAGGGUGGUGUUAUGACCACAGCAAAACCACAGUUAGGGUGGUGUUAUGACCACAGCAAAACCACAGUUAGGGUGG